CGUCGCCCGGACGCCUCGCCCCUCACAAGAUGGCGGCGUUGGCGCUGAGGGCGCUUCGGGGGCGGCUCCUGAGGGCGGCUCCGAGGAGAGCGGGGCGAGGCCUCGGCACCGCCCGGGAUUUCCCAUCCCUGGAGGAGAAGCCGCAGUUCCCCGGAGCCUCGGCCGAAUUCGCCGACCGCCUGGAGUUCAUCCAACCCAACGUCAUCUCCGGGAUCCCCGUGUACCGCGUCAUGGACCGCCAGGGCCACAUCGUCAGCCCCAGCGAGGACCCCCAGCUGCCCAAGGAGCUGGUGCUGAAGCUCUACAAGACCAUGACGCUCCUCAACACCAUGGACCGCAUCCUCUACGAGUCCCAGCGGCAGGGCCGCAUUUCCUUCUACAUGACCAACUACGGCGAGGAGGGGACGCACGUGGGCAGCGCGGCGGCGCUGGAUGACACGGACCUGGUGUUCGGGCAGUACCGCGAGGCGGGGGUGCUGAUGUACCGCGGUUACCCGCUGGAUCUCUUCAUGGCUCAGUGCUACGGCAACGCCAGCGACCCCGGCCGCGGCCGCCAGAUGCCGGUGCACUACGGCUGCCGCGAGCGGCACUUCGUCACCAUCUCAUCCCCCCUGGCCACGCAGAUCCCACAGGGUGACCCCCCCAGGACCCCCCGGAACCCCCCCAGGACCCCCAGCCCAUCCUCCACAGCCUCCAUUUUGCCACCCCCUCCCACCAUCCCACCUUGUAACCCCCCAAUCCCGUGCUUUAUCCCCUUCAUCCCC